AUGCGACAACUCUUCGCCGGAGUUGCCUUCUUCCCCGAACGCCAUCUUCUUCCAUCGCGUUCACGGAAGAAAAAUCAGAAAAUUAAGAUUUCAUGGAGAAAAGGAACGUUUAGCACAGAUUGGUCGCGCAGUUCAAUGCUUUUAUUUUUCCGGCGAACCACCGCUGCAUUGCGUAUAUUUCCCUCUCCCUUUCUUUCUCCGGCAAGGUUCCUCUCAGCACUUCCGGCCACUCUCUCUCCACCGGAAAAACCAAACUCCGACACAACACAACCCCUAACAAAGCCCCAACUGACAACCCUAGUCCUCGCUCAAUACCACCAUGGCAAAUUCUCCAACCUUCUCCAGAACAUCAUCUCCUCACCCUCCGUCCUCCUCACAGCCUGCCACAACCUCAUCCAUGGCGGCCCAAACUCACCUGCACCACCUUCCAUCGACUCAAUCUCAUCUAAUUUCUUCUCAAUCACGGAUAUGUCUGAAGAGAUCUGCCAAAACAGAUUCAGUUUCGAGUCAUGCAUCCUCAAAAUGACGAACAAAGGUGAACCAAUUUCUCUCGUUCUUCCUAACUUGAAACUUAAGGUCUUGAUUGAAUCCAUUAGAAUGGUUUUAGAAGUUAUAUAUGAUGAUCGUUUUGCAACUUUUAGCUAUGGUGGUCGUGUGGGUAUGGGUAGACACACUGCAAUUCGUUAUCUAAAGAAUACUGUGGAAAACCCCUCUUGGUGGUUUACUGUUUCAUUCAACAAUAAAACGGAAUUCAGUAUAGAAAACACAAACAGCCUAUGCUUGAUUAUAGAAGAAAAAAUAAAAGAUGAGAUGUUCAUUGAUAUAAUCAAGAGAUUGAUUAUGUCCAAAGUAAUUUCCCUUGAUUUGGGUGGAUCUUAUUUAGGAAAAGGGCUCCCUCAAGAAUGUGGGUUGAAUUCAAUCUUGAUUAACAUCUACUUGAACCCAUUUGAUCAAAGAUUACAAGAACUACGUCUUCAUAUCAACAAAAAAACCCCAGAAUCUAGAUUGAUUGAAGAAGAUGAAAGUAAUCAUGUUUUUCAUAAACCCUUAAAGAUAUACGCUGUUAGGUACUUAGAUGAAAUACUUGUAAUCACAUCCGGAUCAAAGGGUUUAACCAUGAAUUUAAAGAAACAAGUUGUACAAUUUCUAGACAAGAAUUUGUGUUUAGAGAUAGAUAGGGGUAAACCGUCAUUCACAGUGCCGUGUCCGAGGAAAUUACGUUUUUAG